UCUGGCUUUCCCCAUUUUAGUGGCCACUCCACUUUCAGGCACAAAAACCUGAAACAGAUAAACUCGUAGAUUUAAAACAAAAAAAUGCUCAAUUUAGCUCCGCGGUCCCUUCCCUUGAAACCAAAUCCGGUGAUUUCAUCGAGUAUUCCCUUUCAGAACCCGGAGCAAUCCAACCUUCGAGCGCCGAAAUCUUCGUUAUUUCGCAGAACCCAGAACUGGAAAUGCAGAAGUUCAUCGGAAUCGAGUGGCGACCGAGAUUUGAAGGAUUCGUUGUCGGGCAUUGUGGGCAAGCAAGUGGAGGAGCUGUUGAGCAGAGAAGAGAACAAGGGUUUGCUUGAUGGUUUAGAAAAAGCCUCUAUGAGGGUGGAAAUGGCGAGGCGAGAGCUUGCAGAGAUAGAAAGGCAAGAACUUGAGGCGAAAUUGUUGCAGGAUUAUGUUAAUCAGCUCGAAACAAGAGCUUCCGAGAUCGCAGAAUGUCAGCAGGAGAUUAUUGCAGCAAGAUCAAAAAUCGAAGAGGCAGAACGUUCCUUAUCCAUGGCAGAAAACCCGACAGGCGAAAGUGUCGAUAGAGACAAGGAGAGAAUAGAAUCAGUAAAAGCGGCAGUUAUUGCUGCUGCAAUCGGGACAGUAGCGGAAAUUCCCAUCGCUCUUUCGCAGGUCUCCAGCAUCGAGCAGCUGAUUCUUCCCCUCGGAAUUGCAUUUGUGAGCUGUGCCUUGUUUGGAGUCACCUUUAGGUAUUCUGUUCGAAGAGACUUGGAUGAUUUUCAUCUGAAAACCGGAACCACAUUGGCCUUUGGAUUCGUAAAAGGUCUAGGUAUGUUAAGCGUUGGACCGCCAUUGGAGCUGAGCUCGGAAAGCCUGGUUUCGCACGCCUUGGACGGAGCCCUUUUGGUGUCUCAGAGCCUGUUGAUCUUUGCAUUUGCCUCUGUUGGCUUAGACUUCUGUUUCAAGACGAGGCUUUUAAAACCAUUUCCUAGUUCUUCUCAGCUGUAGAUUUGCUGAGGAACUAAAACGACUUUGUAAAAGAAAAUUAAAUGAAAUAUUCAGAAAUAUGUAAUUCAGAAUGAAAA